AUGCAUCCCAAACUCGAUCCAAUUCUAAUCCUUUUUCCUUUUCUCUUCAUUUCUCCUUCAGUUGCACAGUUCACAUCUCAAACGUAUCCGGAUCCACGAUUAGAUCCAUUCUCAUGUCGAUUGGCUCUCCCAUCACAAGUAUGUGAUCCAUCUGCAAUUGUCUCUGAUGAAGAAAGGAGCAGAUUGGUUCAAAGAGUGAAUCAAUUGCAUUCUUUGACUUCUGGAAUCAAAAAUACAUCACCAUCAUGUGCACUGAUGCCAGAUAGAAAUUUAGAGAUUAUUGUCGCCAUCAUCGACAAAAUUGGAAGCGUUCCCGGAGUGCCAAUUGAUAUUGAGAAGUUUGCUAACAAUCUUAAAAGAAGAUACCAAAACUUCCAGGACGUUGGAAUGUGUGAUACAACUGUUUUGAUUGUCAACUCUAGGCAGGAUCGUCAAGUGUUCACUGUUGCCGGAAGAGAUGCAAAGAUUUCAAAAGACACAUUGAAAUCUGCAUUUGAGAGAAAUAUUGGGCAUUUCAAAACAGGAAGAUACGCUCUUGGACUCGAAGGAAUGAUUGAAGUGAUCGUGGCUGCUUAUUCAAAUGCUCACAUUGUUCAAGUUCCAACUCCUGAGGCUUUCAGGCCAACCGAUUUUAUGCCAUCUCCAGCUGCUGUUUCAGCUGUGGAAUCUCAACCAUUCCGUGCCGCUGGUCUUCCAAACAGUGUUCAACCAGCCAAAAGACCAUUCCCAGCAUUCAAUUCUAUUCAGGAAAAUAUUGAAGAAGACGACAAGAUCUGGGUGUCAAUUCUGCAACAAGCUAUGGCUAGAUGUGGACAAAACGACGCUGAUCUGCCAAAACAUGUGAGAGCUGUUGUCGAAGAAGCUAUGAACAUCUCUCUGAAAUUGAUUUCUGAUUCGAGAUAUAACAAGAUUGAAGAGGAAACUGAACAAAACAAAGAAGUUUUGGGAAGUAGACAAAAAGCAUGGGAUACUGCAACCAACGAAUUCAUCCGUCCUCUCUUCCAAAAAUACCGUAACUCUGUACUAUCCGGAGCCACUCAAACAUGUCCACGCGAGCCAGUCGCAGAAAAUCAACCCGGAUGCUGUGACGUUUUCAUCGAUUUGCUCCGUGCAUGCGGUCUAAUAUGCUACGUGGCAUGUCCACCAGUUCCAUCAAUUGUCACUCGAAAACUUGCUUUCCAUCCACCUGAAAAGGGAAUGACAUACCGGAUAGCACUCAAAUCAGACCCCGAGAAACGAUUCAAAAAUAUUCGUGGAUGUCGAGAUGAGCCAGUUCAACUUGUGGUCAGAAACAUUUCAAAUGGAGCAGAUUAUAUUCAUUCGGAGAAAGAAGUUGAAGUUUUCUCUGUCACAACUGCAAACAAUAAUGAUUUGGUUUGUAUCAAGUGUACUCCGGAUAGUUAUUCAAGUAAUCCAUCUGUUUCGGACCAAGUUGUCCUCUUCUGCCAACCGAACUCUUCAGAUCUCGGAGGAUUCUUGCAACCAAGUUCAAUGAAUUUCGUCACAUAUGCCAACGUUUUCGAAACUGAUUUCUAUGCUUUCGACUAUUCUGGAUAUGGUUUUUCAUCUGGAACUCAAGGGGAGAAGAACAUGUAUGCUGAUAUAAGAGCUGUUUAUGAUAAGAUUCGAGAGACUAGACCGGAUAAAAAAAUUGUAGUCAUGGGAUAUAGUAUCGGAACAACUGCAGCCGUCGAUUUAGCUUCAAGCAACCCGGAAGGUCUUGCUGGAGUUGUUCUCAUUGCUCCAUUUACCAGUGGAUUGAGACUUUUCUCGAGUAAACCGGAUAAACCAGACACUUGUUGGGCCGAUUCAUUUACUAGCUUUGACAAAGUCAAUCGUAUCGAGACUCGAGUUCUCAUUUGCCAUGGAGAUCUCGACGAAGUGAUUCCAUUGGCCCAUGGGAUGGCCCUCUAUGAGAAACUGAAAAAUCCAGUUCCGCCGUUGAUUGUUCACGGAGCCAAUCAUCAUACGAUUCUGAGCGGAAAAUAUAUUCAUGUGUUCACCCGAAUCGCUGGUUUUCUUCGUCACGAGACUCUUGUCAGUUGCCGAUCGAUUGAAGUGGACUCUCAACAGACUUCAUCGAAAAAGAAAACUGAAAGUGAAGAAUAA